GUGACCUUCACCAAGCGUAAGUUUGGUCUGAUGAAGAAGGCUUAUGAGCUGAGUGUGCUGUGUGACUGUGAGAUCGCCCUCAUUAUCUUCAACAGCACCAACCGUCUAUUCCAGUACGCCAGCACAGACAUGGACAAAGUGCUGCUCAAGUACACAGAGUACAGCGAGCCGCACGAGAGUCGCACCAACACAGACAUCCUGGAGACUCUGCGUAGGAAGGGCCUUGGCAUGGACAGCACUGAGCUGGACAGUGAGGAGAGCAUGCAGGUGGCUGCAGACAAAUAUCCUCUCACUGAGGGCAUGGAUCUCUCUGUGGCACGCCAGCGCUUCUAUGCCCCAUCACUUCUUUCACCAGAGGCCCAGUUUCUAGUGUCUGCGGGCUGUGAGAACGGCUUUCCAAACUCUUCUGGAUCCAGCAUGGUGUCCCAUAGACCUCAGGGCUUUAAAUCUUUGAGUUCCAGACCCGGCUCUGCAAGCCCUGCUGCACAGCACACACACAGUGCAUUUAUGUCUCCACAUGCAGGUGAGCUGAAUUCAUAUCCUCUUGUCUUAAACA